AUGAUGGGGGUUUUUUACGACAUGAUGCUGCAGCUGACGGAGGAGUUGUCGGUGCUGUUGGAGAGCGUGCAUUGCCGGCUCAAAGCGGCGGAUAAGGAGGGGUUGCAGGAGCCUUUAUUUCGACAUUGGGACGAGAGUUUGGCCUGCCCCCUUCACGUGGUAUGUCGGAUUAUGAACCCGGUCAACCAGGAGGAGGGGAUGUACCACAAGGACAUUGAGUGCACCAAGGUGAUGAAGGCUUGGCUGUCACGCUCGAGGGCCUUUAUCGACAAGUACUGGAAGAACGACGGCGAGAUGAAGGGAACGAUGAAGGGGCCUUGUGGAAGUGGGGAUGUGGAGGUGGACGAAGACGGCUUGUGCGUCGACGAGUACAAGCACCAGGAAGACAUGGAGGAGGAGGAGGAGGAGGAGGAGGAGGAGGAGGAGGAGGAGGAGGAGGAGGAGGAGGAGGAGGAGGAGGAGGAGGAGGGGGAGGAGGAGGAGGAGGAGGAGAGCGAGGAGGAUGCGGAUGAGUGA